ACAACAUCAUCUCUCAUCAAAACACCCAGCACAACCAUCACUCGACUCAGCCAUGUUUGAUUAGGGUUCUACUCAGCCGUCACUCGACUCAUCUCUAUUAGGGUUCGACUCAGUCCUAUUUGUGGGUUCUUCUUAUUGGGAAGAAGGAGGAGGAAAAAGGGGUUUCGAUCUGCUGAAGAUUGGGGUUCUUUGACUUGGAGAUUUGUGGGCUACUAUUUGGGGGUUUCAACUAGUCGAUAAAUUGAAGGAGGAGGAAAGGGGGGUUUCAAUCUGCUGAAGAUUAGGGUUAUUCGAUUUAGGGAUUUGGGGGCUAGUCGAUAAAUUGAGGAGGAAAAAGGGUUUUCAUGGCUACUCGAUUCGUGGUCAAAUCCAUCGAGGUUGAUAAUGGAGGAUCUCUCUGAGCUAGAGAUUAGGAAUUUCGUCAAGUCCUUCCACAAGUUCGUCGACUUGAAGAGGGAGCUCUUCCAUAGCCAUAUUGAUGAGCUCCAGAAAAUCAUCGUCAAUCAAUGUAAACUCACCGGCACCAAUCCUCUCUCGCAAGAGAUGGCAGCUGGUGCCUUUUCUAUUAAUAUUGGAUCUUGCUGAUAUCGAUGUAUUUCAAGAAACCAAAAAGGUUAUUGAAGCUUUCCAGAAUAAGGAGGUAGGCCCUACCCUAGCCUGGUGUGCCGAGAACAAGUCAAGGUUAAAGAAAUCCAAAGUAUGCAUUCUCUUUUUCUUUUGUGUACGUUGGUGGGGAGACCUUGCUAUAAUUGGGGUGGUUAGAUGAGUUUUUUUGUACAAUUAGUUGUUGUAUUGCUUGUUCUUGAAUUACAAAAUGAAUAUGCUAUAUAAGCUAAAUCUGGCAAUUCUUUCAUGGCAUCUCUCCUGCUGCUUGGCUCAUCUUAAAUUUGACUUACUAUUAUUCUCAGAUUAUGGGGUACAUGUUUUAGUUUUAGUUACACAUAUC